CGCGUCGGGCGGCAGGUGUCGGCGGCGUCGGCAUUCGGUGGCGAUGGAGCGGCCCCGGGGAGCUGCGGACGACCUCUCGCGCUGGCCUCACGGCCUCGGCCUCCUCCUCCUCCUCCUCCUCCAGCUGCUGCCGCCUGCGACCUUCGGCCAGGACCGGCUGGACGCGCCGCCACCGCCCGCAGCGCCGCUGUCGCGCUGGUCUGGCCCCGUCGGGGUGAGCUGGGGGCUGCGCGCGGCCGCGCCCGGGGGCCCGGCUCCCCGCGGCGGCCGUUGGCGCCGCAGCGUGUUCGAGGAGGACGAGGACUGCGGCGGGGUUCAGGACUUCGUCGCCAGGCUGGCCAACAACACGCACCAGCAUGUGUUUGAUGAUCUCAGUGGCUCAGUAUCCUUGUCCUGGGUUGGAGAUACUACUGGGAUCAUUCUAGUCUUGACUACCUUCCAUGUACCACUGGUAAUUAUGACUUUUGGACAGUCCAAGCUGUAUCGAAGUGAGGACUAUGGAAAGAACUUUAAGGAUAUUACAAAUCUCAUCAAUAACACCUUCAUUCGAACUGAAUUUGGCAUGGCAAUUGGUCCUGAGAACUCUGGGAAGGUGAUUUUAACAGCAGAGGUGUCUGGAGGAAGUCAUGGAGGCAGAAUCUUCAGAUCAUCAGAUUUUGCAAAGAACUUUAUUCAGACCAAUCUCCCUUUUCAUCCUCUGACUCAGAUGAUGUACAGCCCUCAGAAUUCUGAUUACCUUUUAGCCCUCAGCACCGAAAAUGGCCUGUGGGUGUCCAAGAAUUUUGGGGGAAAAUGGGAAGAAAUCCACAAAGCAGUAUGUUUGGCCAAAUGGGGAUCAGGAAACACCAUCUUCUUUACCACCUACGUGAAUGGCUCCUGCAAAGCUGACCUUGGGGCACUGGAAUUACGGAGAACUUCAGACUUGGGGAAAAGCUUUAAGACCAUUGGGGUGAAAAUCUACUCAUUUGGUCUCGGGGGACGGUUCCUUUUUGCCUCUGUGAUGGCUGAUAAGGAUACAACAAGAAGGAUUCAUGUGUCAACAGAUCAAGGGGACACGUGGAGCAUGGCCCAGCUCCCCUCCGUGGGGCAGGAACAGUUCUAUUCUAUUCUGGCAGCUAAUGAUGACAUGGUGUUCAUGCACGUGGACGAACCUGGAGAUACUGGAUUUGGCACCAUAUUUACCUCGGAUGAUCGAGGCAUUGUCUACUCCAAGUCCUUGGACAGACACCUCUACACCACCACGGGCGGUGAAACGGACUUUACCAACGUGACCUCCCUCCGUGGGGUCUAUAUGACAAGUGUGCUCUCAGAAGAUAAUUCCAUCCAGACUAUGAUCACUUUUGACCAAGGAGGAAGGUGGAAGCACCUGAGGAAGCCUGAAAACAGUGAAUGCGACGCUACCGCAAAAAAUAAGAACGAGUGCAGCCUUCAUAUUCAUGCUUCCUACAGCAUCUCCCAGAAGCUAAAUGUUCCAAUGGCCCCACUCUCAGAGCCUAACGCUGUCGGCAUAGUCAUCGCCCACGGUAGCGUGGGGGAUGCCAUUUCAGUGAUGAUCCCAGAUGUGUACAUCUCAGAUGAUGGGGGUUACUCCUGGCUGAAGAUGCUGGAAGGACCCCACUAUUACACCAUCCUGGAUUCAGGGGGCAUCAUUGUAGCCAUUGAACACAGCAGCCAUCCUAUCAAUGUGAUUAAGUUCUCCACAGACGAAGGUCAGUGCUGGCAAACCUACAUGUUUACCAGGGAGCCUAUCUACUUUACCGGCCUGGCUUCGGAACCUGGAGCCAGGUCCAUGAACAUCAGCAUCUGGGGUUUCACAGAAUCUUUCCUGACUCGCCAGUGGGUCUCCUACACCAUCGAUUUUAAAGACAUCCUUGAAAGGAACUGUGAAGAGAAGGACUAUACCAUAUGGUUGGCUCACUCCACAGACCCUGGAGAUUAUGGAGAUGGCUGCAUUUUAGGCUAUAAAGAACAGUACCUGCGGCUCCGCAAGUCAUCCGUCUGCCAGAAUGGUCGGGACUAUGUUGUGACCAAACAGCCAUCCGUCUGUCCCUGCUCCCUGGAGGACUUCCUCUGUGAUUUUGGCUACUUCCGUCCAGAAAAUGACUCCAAGUGUGUGGAACAGCCAGAGCUGAAGGGCCACGACCUGGAGUUUUGUCUGUAUGGGAGAGAAGAGCACCUGACGACAAACGGAUACCGUAAAAUUCCAGGAGACAGAUGCCAGGGUGGAGUGAGUCCAGCUCGGGAAGUAAAAGACUUGAAAAAGAAAUGCACGAGCAACUUUCUGAGUCCAGAAAAGCAGGACUCCCGCCCACAGGGACACAACUUGUCCCAGAAUCCAGCUCCGCCUCCUCUUGGAUUCAUUGAAAACACACACUCCCUAUCUCCCACCCAGAAGCAGAAUUCCAAGUCGAAUUCUGUUCCAAUUAUCCUGGCAACUGUGGGAUUGAUGCUGGUCACAGUCGUAGCAGGAGUGCUCAUUGUGAAGAAAUACGUCUGUGGGGGAAGGUUCCUGGUGCAUCGAUACUCUGUGCUCCAGCAGCAUGCAGAGGCCAAUGGUGUGGAUGGUGUGGAUGCUUUGGACACAGCCUCCCACACUAAUAAAAGUGGUUAUCAUGAUGACUCAGAUGAGGACCUCCUGGAAUAGCUCCUCAAACAAGCUGGGACCGAGCAUGGAUGAUGGAACUGCAGUACCUCUUACACUCCCUGUGGCUCCGACUUGGGGAAAUAAAUUUCCCAUUGCGAGGGACCCAGCUCUGUUUCUGCUGCUUCCAUCAAAGCCAAAAGGACCUACACUAAAGAAAUGGGUGGGGGGGACCUAAACACUCUUAUAAUUGGCUCUGAGAAGAGAGGGAAAUUUUUUAAUUCUUUAACUUUUCAAGUUCUGUCUUUUUGCAAGGUACGGGCCCUUUUGGUUUUGGUUUUGUAUUUUAAGGGAAAUGAAAUGGAAUUGAAGGGAACUUUUCACUAACCCCACUCUUGCAUGUUUUGCAUGGCGCCUGCCCGGGUCACCUGCCAGCUUCAGCAUCAGCUUGGUGCUGUCCGUGAGCUCUGCUGCCGACUCGGAGCAGCUGCAGAGAUGAGCACGGAGGCCGCGAUGACUGGCACCGCCUGGGCAGCCUUUCUCCAUCUGGGGACAGCCCUGCUCCAGCACCACUGCACACCAGCGCCUCACACAGAUCCCUGCUUUUUGUUGUGUUUUGUUUUGUUUUUUUUCAGGGACAUAGACCACAAUGAUUUCUCUUUUUCCUUGUUUAAUUAGGCAAUACCCUUCUUAAUUGCCCUUUGGCAACUAACUUAACCAUGUGCUUCCAAAACACUAAAUCAGGAAAACUUAAAGGGCAAUAUUUUUAACUUGGGGCAGGAAGAAGGGAGCAGCAGAGAAUUGACUAGAUUUAACACCUAUUAAAGGAGAAAUUCUUACUUCUGCCGAGAUCUUUCAAGCCAUGCUUUGUGUGUGUGCCAGUGGACUUGCUCAAGGACAGGGUUCAGGCUUGCCCGGGCGGAGUGCCCAGGCCGAUGGAGCAGCCGGCGGCGGGCACGGUGCAGCCCCUGAGGACUGCACGUCACAGUCUUCCACGUCCCCCUCUGCCUAUUGCGCCGGCUCCGCGGUGAAUCGUUAGAAUGGCUGCUUACUUGCUUCCUCCUAGGUUGCUGUUGUACAUGGAGCCUUGGCGAGAUAGGUUUUCCGAUUUAUAGGCUCUUUUUUUAAAAAUUGGCGUUUUACCAGGCUCUCCUCCUCACCCCUUCUCCCCAGCUUUGCCAAGUAGUUUGUUGGCAUGAAACUUUUGGCUGAACCAACUGAAAAUACACUUCUAGUGUAGAUGAUGUUUUGUGUGAUACAUCAAGUUCAUAUUUUGAAUGUUAAAAAGUUUUCCAUUUGACAUUUUAAAAAUGAAAUAAAUUAGAGAAUGUAGCGAGGUGGAUUUUUGGGUGGCCAUAUAGUAAUGGAAAGCUGCAAUAAUUCGUUUUAAUACAGCUCGACUAUUUGAUAUACAGGAACAUAGCAGUACAUUUUCAAUCUUAGCAUACCUGCUGUGGUGGUCACAGUUUCUGCCAGAAAUUAUGAUUGGGACAUUCUUUGGUAACUGCCAUUUUGCUGCUAGUUCAUUUUAUGGCUAGAAAGUCAGUAAAAAGUAAAUGUGCCAAAUUAACUUUUGUCAGAAUGUGUGAGCAGAUGGCUCAGUUCUCUCCUCACCAGAAUAGAUUAACAGCAGCAGGGAAAGAGGGGGAGGGAGUGGAUGAAGAAUUUUAGAGACUUUGAAACUGCAGUAAAAUUAAGUGAGUCAGGGAGUUUCAGUUGGAAAAUAAGAUUAGGGCAGUUUUUGUGAAGAGCGUUUAUAUUUGUUAGAACCAGAGAGCACUAGUCUUUUAGAAAAGCUCAUUCAUUUUGCAAGGUUUUUAAAUUAAAAAUAGUUCCAAAGCUAUACCAGCUCACAAAUGAUAACGUAUCAGCCUUUGUCCUGGGCAGAAAAAACCUGCUCACAUGCCACGCCUUUUCUCCCCACAUACACCCAUGGGGUGGACGUGCCAUCCGUGGUGAUUCUCUUGCUGGCUCUAAGAUGUAGGAAAGCUAAUAUUCUUCUCUAACCAUGUAAGAUUAGGGCUCUUUGCCUAUAAUGAUACCUGGGAUUUCUGUGGAACUUGGCAGUUUUCACAGUACUUUUUCACUUGCAUUAUGUCACUUGAACCUCACAAAUUUUCCCGAGAUUAAAGAAAAAAAGAAAAGGUAGGGGUUGCGAUCCCCAUUAGAGGUGGAACUAAGGUACAAAACGGAGCCAGUUGUCAGGGUCCUUGCGUGGCUCGAGCAGUGUCGGUGGCUGUCCUCGGAUGUCACACGCAUUUUGGCGCGCGCCACUGCCGGCCGCCUGGGGCAGGGCUGCUGGCUUGUACAGGACCUGCUGUUCUGUCGGACAGGGAUCAUGGUGUUUCUUUUAGAGCACGACUGAGCGCUUUUCUGCCACCUUGGUAAACAAAUUUUAUUCUCCUAUUUUUCAUAGCUGAAAACAAAAGUAAUGGUAGUUUUGAAUUUGUGUUUAGAAACCGCCCCUCACCUCGUUGAAGGUCACUGUUCAAGAGUGCAGGGCUGGAAUCCGCACUGAGGAGUCACCCAUCCCCGUUCUCCGUGCUUUCCCAUCCCUAGCCAGCUAGCUAGCUCAGUUGGUUUAAGGACUGCUAACAGGUCCAGUCUGUUAGCUUUCUGCAUCAGCCUGCUCACUCACAAGUGUGUGCCCUCUGCCAGAGAGUAAAACAGCCUAAAUCCAUGAUAGCGUCUAAGAAAAAAAGAUUUCUGGUUUGUCCUACUGAUGUUAGGUUAGGAGCUUUAUCUUUGGAAAUGAAGUAAAGCGUAGUAUCGUACAAAGUCUCAGGUGUGAUGAAAGCAGAAGAGAUUAUUUCAGCAAUAAAAUUUAGCAUCGUAAGCUAGAUUGGACAUAUCAGACCGUCCAAAGUGAUCUGAGCUCUGAAAUCCAGGUGGAGAUGCCUUGGACUUAAAGGGGCUUUUGGUUUUUAGUGAGACCAGAGACCAGGGGCACGUACACCCAGACUGUUCAUCGAAUGGGAACACAGCUCAGAGGAGCAGAAGUGUUUGGAGGGUUGUGGUGGUUCUAGGCUGGGCUCAGGAGACUCGGUAGGUUAGCUGUAACUGAAGCUUAGAAUUUGCCAGCUGCCUCUGAAUAGGCUUUCUAGUGUGUCUCUCUCUCACUCUUAGGUUCGCCUCUGGGCCUCUGCAUGCCCAAGCUUGCCUUUCAUCCCUGACAGAUAAGUAAUGUGCUGGCCACCACUGGCUCUCCCAUGGCCUUCAUCAUGGUGCCAGGAUAGAGAGAGGAGUUCAGGGCCACCCACUUCUGCCCCAGGUGGCAGGACUAGCCCGGCUUCAGUCAUUUCUUUAUUUUCCAGGCAUAUGACCCAGGUAGAGAGAUUGUCUCUUUCCUUUGAAGAGAGCUCUAAAGAGCCCUGCCCCCAUAUGCAAGGGCCUAGGGCUCACCCUGCUUCUUGUUGGUACCUCCCCCUUGCCCCGUGUGAAGCCUGGAUACUUGGAACUGCUAAAAUAGGAAGAGAUUCAGCUUUUCAACUUUGCCAUUACCUUCCCUGAACCAGGAAAAUAAACAUGGACUUACCCGUCCUUUGAACAAAAACCAAAGUUUAAGAUUUGCCACGUGGUAGGGUGAUAGGGAGGGCCAGACUCUCAGCACCUGCACUCAGCAGGUGCCCGACUUCCUGUCCCAUCUGCUGCGAAUUGCCCAGCUCAGGCAGCCCUGGGAGCAGAGUCCUAGCAGACCCCAGGCCUCGCCUGAUGGAGGAUAAGUGAAAUGGCAGGAACAUUUUGAGAUUUCUUGGUUACUUUGCAUUAUAACAAUAAGAAUUAGAACAUUAAUGUGAAAUUGGCUUCAACAACUUGCUGUACACAUCUUUUCCACACCAGUACAUUCUUAAGCAUCCUUGUUUAUAAAGAAUAACAUAAACUAAUCUGUACCUUUCUAUAUAUAUGUGUGUACAUAUAUACAUGUAUAAACUGUAUAGUGUACAUGUUAAUGAUUUAUUGAAAUGUCCCAAAUCUUUAAUGCAGUUCUCAUCCUCUGCAUGCCCACAGUUUGUGAUCGGGUGACUUGAAUGUUCCCUGAUGAUUCUGCCCACCUCCUGUGUUUGGUUGUCUAGGGAGGAGGGUUUUGAUGGUAUCCUCCUUAUCUUCGUGCACAGAAAUGCUCAGGGUCCCCAUGUGCCUGCUGUCCAACCCUCUCUUGUCUCUUGUUCCCUAUCUGAGCAUGUGGUCCCUCCCUGUUCUAUAACUUCUCUACCCUCUCCCCAAGCUGUGGGACAGCUGCCUUCCUACUAAAGUGUAAAGCAGUAUUAAGAUCAUUACUGCAUGUGCGCUAAAAACCCAAGUUUUCUGUUCCCUUGGGACAGAAAAUUGCAUGUGAGGUGGGAUAAUCAAGUUUCAAUGAGCCAUGUCAGUUACACCACAAAGCCAGAUCCCAGAAUAAAAUUCCACAAAAUGGAAAUAAAACUCAAAUUUCUUUAGCAUUCUGUAAAUAAAUCUGGACAUGUUUAACUUUG